CGAGAAGUAAUCAGUCAGACAUGGCAAGAACUAAGCAGACCGCCCGUAAAUCCACCGGAGGAAAGGCUCCCAGGAAGCAGCUGGCUACCAAAGCUGCCCGUAAGAGCGCCCCGGCUACCGGCGGAGUGAAGAAGCCCCACCGCUACAGGCCUGGAACCGUGGCUCUCCGAGAGAUCCGCCGCUACCAGAAAUCCACGGAGCUGCUCAUCCGCAAGCUGCCCUUCCAGCGCCUGGUCAGAGAGAUCGCUCAGGACUUCAAGACCGACCUGCGCUUCCAGAGCUCCGCCGUCAUGGCUCUGCAGGAGGCCAGCGAGGCUUACCUGGUCGGUCUGUUCGAGGACACCAACCUGAUGAUCAUAAGCAACAUGAGCGGACGAGGCAAGGGAGGCAAAGGACUGGGGAAAGGAGGCGCUAAGCGUCACCGCAAAGUUCUCCGUGAUAACAUCCAGGGAAUCACUAAACCCGCCAUUCGCCGUUUGGCUCGCCGCGGUGGAGUCAAGCGCAUCUCCGGUCUCAUCUACGAGGAGACCCGCGGUGUCCUGAAGGUCUUCUUGGAGAACGUCAUCCGUGACGCAGUCACCUACACCGAGCACGCUAAGAGGAAGACUGUGACCGCCAUGGAUGUGGUGUAUGCUCUGAAGAGGCAGGGCCGCACUCUCUACGGCUUCGGAGGUUAAAUUCAAACCGCUUCAACCAGCAAAACAACGGCUCUUUUAAGAGCCACCCAUCUUUCUUGAGACAUGGUCCACAUUCUAAAAUAUAUUU